GAACUCCAGAAUGCUAUAAGAAAUUGGCCGAAAGAUGUAUGAAUUCUGAUCCAAAUAAACGACCGAUCAUUACCAUCAUCAGUUCAAGUAUCGUUUAUUGGCUCGACGCGAUAGAACAGGAUGAUGAUAACGAGAUCAAAAAACAAUUCUUAAACGCCGAUAAAAUAAUCCCAAAACUCGAAUCAUCGAUUCAUCCGAGACAUAUGUAUACAAGCAAACUGAUUGACAUUGUUGGGCCGGAAAGGUAA